AUGAGUAAAGAAAGAAGGAGGAGGAGGAGGUGUCGGGAUGAGGAGGAGGAGGAGGAGGAGGAGAUUGAGGAGGAGGUGGAGGAGAUGGAGGAGGAGGAGGAGGUGGAGGAGGAGGAGAUGGAGGAGGAGGAGGAGGAGGAGAUUGAGGAGGAGGUGGAGGAGAUGGAGGAGGAGGAGGAGAUUGAGGAGGAGGUGGAGGAGAUGGAGGAGGAGGAGGAGGUGGAGGAGGAGGAGAUGGAGGAGGAGGAGGAGGAGGAGAUGGAGGAGGAGGAGGAGAUAGAGGAGGAGAUGGAGGAGAUGGAGGAGGAGGUGGAGGAGAUGGAGGAGGAGGAGGAGGUGGAGGAGGAGGAGAUGGAGGAGGAGGAGGAGGAGGAGGAGAUGGAGGAGGAGGAGGAGAUAGAGGAGGAGGUGGAGGAGGAGAUGGAGGAGGAGGAGGAGGAGAUGGAGGAGGAGGAGGAGAUUGAGGAGGAGGUGGAGGAGAUGGAGGAGGAGGAGGAGAUUGAGGAGGAGGUGGAGGAGGAGAGGAGGAGGUGGAGGAGGAGGAGAUGGAGGAGGAGGAGAUGGAGGAGGAGGAGGAGAUAG